AUGCGAUUUGAGGGAAAACAUAAAGUGUUCAAGCAGAGAGACCAAGUAUGGAGACAACAACUGUACUCCCGAGUUAUAAUUUGUGACAACGACAUCCGAAAAAUUGUACUUCCUGUGAAACCACAGACGGUUGACUCGCUGUUGGAACAACUUGAAGAAAAGCUGGGACUUCAGUACAAGUUCGCACUUCAGUUUGAGGAUCCAGACUUCAACAAUUCCCUCGUGAAUCUUACCAACAUUGCUGACUUGCCAGAUAAGCCUACACUGAAGAUUGUCUCCCUUGUGACGUCACCAACCCCUAGCACAGCUGACACUGAAGUCCUAUCUGUGGCUUCUGAUCAUCCACGUCAUUGUCUACGGACUGCAUGGCCAGAAACUUUCGAGAUCCCUACUUUUCCUGUUGACGUUGAGUAUAGAUUACGUCAGGGAAAUCUACAGUACAUGCGAGAUCAAACAUACCUACAAUUGUCAGGAGAGCUUAAGCAUGAGAUUCUCGAAAAACUCUCAGAAACUAUAUACAGUUACAAAGCUUACCCAGAUAAGGAAGACUUUGAGGCUGUUGCUACUGCUUUGAUAAAAAAACACCCUUGCCUUACCCAACCUGGCUCAUCAAUGGGGUGGAAUGGGUGGUAUGAUAGCCUUAGGUGGAAAAUGGGCAAUUACCGCUCAAAACUGCGUCGAGCUGGAUGCUUGGAGGUAUCCAUAAAUGGUGGGAAAAGAAGAGGACUGCAGCCUCAGAGAAACAUCAAAAGACCCAAGAGGUUUGAAAUCAAUUUUCUACCGAACUUCCCUGAUGGUGAAGAUGAAGCCAGCAUGGAGUCCAAAAGGAAAGAGAUGGUGGAAGAAAUGAAGAAACGUCGUCUUAACGUUGCACUGAUAGCCCGGAACAUGAAUUCUACAUUUGCCUUGCGUAGAAAAGAAUUGAUAGAGAAGGAGCCUGCUGUGAAGAAUACAGUGGAAAGGUGGCCAGCCCUCUUCACACAGAGUCAGAUCAUGGCAGAGUUUAAUCGUAUAUCUGGCAAAAACCUGCAAACUGAAUUCUUUCAAGAACUGGACAGAUUUACUCCACGUUUCAUCGAUAUCUUCAGGGCUAAAGGUGGAGACAUUGGUUCCAAACUUAAGAAGAUUCUGCAGCAGGUUGAAAAUGACAAAUCGAACAUCAAUGCGGGACGAACAGCCGUUCUUCACGGCCUACCACUCCUCCUCGGAGAGGACCCCUCCGAUUUUUACAAGACAUGUUUUGACCGUGAUGACAAUGAAGACAUGUUGGACGUUGAAAUAGGUAUUCUGACAGUGUUUCCCGAGGACUCUGCAACUGUUGUGGCACCAAGAUGCAGGGAGUAG